CAUGCUUCUUGUACAUACCAACCUCUGGAAGAAAGUAGGUUAGCAGUUCUCCAAGAGCGCUUGGCAGGGAAAGAAGGAGCGAAGGAAGGAGAAAGGAAGGAAGGAAGGAAGGUGUGGAGACAUCACAAGGAAGACGCUUCAACCACUUCUCCUUAAUCGUUGGGCGAGCUGCAAAACCCAAACAGAAGAGAAGAAACCAGCCGAGCGAGCGAGCGAUCGAGGGAAACCAAACCACCCGUCCGAUCCCACGCUGGAAACUUUAUACCCUCCGCUCCCCGCCGUAUCUAUUUAUUUCCCCUCCUGCAAGGAGUUUUUGUUUCUGACGGUCUGCUUUUUUUCCAUGCUAUUUCCAGAAGAGAGAUAAGAGAAGGGAACCUCGGCGUAGAUAGAAGAUGCGAGCACAAAUUGAAGUUAUCCCUUGUAAGAUAUGUGGGGACAAGUCUUCAGGGAUUCACUAUGGAGUCAUCACCUGUGAAGGAUGCAAAGGUUUUUUCCGCAGAAGCCAACAGAAUAACGCCACUUACUCUUGCUCACGGCAGAGGAACUGCCUGAUCGACAGGACCAACCGAAAUCGGUGUCAGCACUGCCGACUGCAGAAGUGCCUGGCCCUGGGCAUGUCCCGUGAUGCAGUAAAGUUUGGCCGCAUGUCGAAGAAGCAGCGGGACAGCCUCUAUGCCGAGGUCCAGAAACACCAACAAAGCCAAGAACAAAGCGUGGGAGCCAAGGAGGACCCAGAGACCUUGUCGAGGGUCUACACCACCAGCGUGAGCAGCGGACUCUCUGACCUGGAUGACAUCUCCAUGUUGUCGGACAGCUUCCUCUUUGAUUUUCCCCUGAGCCCCGACGGGAACAGCAGCUACUACAACCUGGAUCUCCUGACCUCAGCGCAGCCAUCGCCCGACCAGUCCAGCAUUGACGUCAGUGACACCAAGUUCAUUAAACAGGAGUCCAUCUACGAGCUCAUGCUGGAACCUAGCCUCUUUCCUCAUGGCCCCCUUGAAAGCAACGCGUUGACUUCGGACAUUUCAGUGAUGGAAAUGGAGCGCCUAGCCCAGAAUGUGGUGAAGUCGCACCUUGAGACAUUGCAGUACACCAGCGAGGAGCUGCAGCGGUUCGCCUGGGCGCUCUACUCUCAGGAGGAGAUAAGGACCAUGCAGAACACGAACUGCGAGGUGAUGUGGCAAGAGUGUGCCGUCCAGAUCUCCAAUGCCAUCCAGUACAUCGUGGAGUUUGCUAAGCGCAUUGAUGGCUUCAUGGAGCUGUGCCAGAAUGACCAAAUCAUUCUUCUCAAAGCAGGUUGUCUAGAGAUUCUCCUCAUCCGAAUGACGCGGGCCUUCAACCCAUUGAACAACACCGUACUUUUUGCCGGAAAAUAUGGCGGGAUGCAGAUGUUUAAGUCACUCGGUUGUGAUGACUUGAUCAGCUCCAUCUUUGAGCUGGGGAAGAAUCUUUGCCGACUGCAGCUGUCUGAUGAAGAAGUAGCACUCUUCACUGCAGUUGUCCUGUUCACACCAGAUCGGCCUUGGCUCUCUGAGUCCAAAAAAGUACAAAAACUCCAGGAUAAAUUCUACAUGGCUCUCCAGCAUGAGAUUCAAAAGAAAAAUGCCAAUGAAGACAGGCUUUCCAAGAUGGUUGCCAAGCUCCCCUUGAUGAAGACAAUCUGCAGCCUUCACUUAGAUAAACUGGAGCUUUUUCGCCUUGUCCAUCCAGAGACGGCCAAAAAUUUCCCUCCUCUCUACAAAGAAGUGUUCAAUUCGGAGCUCCAUUACAGCAACCCUCAGGAGAGCUAAAGCAGAAUUUGCAGGGCAAAACUUUUUGUGGCUUCUGGAAUGGGGGGAAAGCAGAAUUGACCCUGUGGUUUAUUUUAAAUCAAGGGUCAACCACAAGAUUGUGUGACCCUGGCUUUCCUCCUCCUCCUCCUCCUCCUCCUCUUGCAGUUGACCUGCGGUGAUCUGCAGUCGCUGUUGAAUGUAAUUGCACCUUUUUAAGGAUCCAGCGGACUUUGGGCAUACUGGUGAAAUGAAUGUGAAAUGCUAUUCGGUAGAGAAGAUCCUGCAUUAAGUAGUGUUAAGUAUUCCUAUCCUUUCCUCAAAAGCAUGUUUCAGCGGAACGCGUUUCUCUGCCCUGGCAUGUGAACACAUCCACCCAAACUCAUGAGACUUACAGGCAGCUGAUGCCCAACCCAGAAACGCCUCUUUAGGCCCACUGUGUGGAUAAAUAUGUAUAUUUUUGCUGGUUUCUGCUUUUUCCCCGGCACUGGCAUGGUUCGAAUGAUAGGACGCUGGACGUACAGAAGGAAAACCAGAUCUUGUGGACUUGUUCAACGUGAAGAUGGAAAUUUGUGGGAAGAGAGAGAGACACACACACAAAUACACACAUACACAGGGAUUACAAUCCUGCUAGAUUAUGGGACAGAAGUGGUGGUGGGAAGAAUAUGUGGGGGAGGAGAAUUUUUAAUUUAAUUGUGUUUCCAAUUCUGGGGGCAGCUGGAGGGCUGGACCCUCUUAAAAAAAAGAAGCGUAAAGUUCGAUGGCAAAUCAAGAUGUAUUUUUCAUCGACAAACACUGCUGCUAUCAAAGUAACUGGAAAAGCAUCCGUUUAAAGAAAAACACGGAUGGCCUCUGGAUGACAUUGGACUUUGGCGCCCAUUAUCCUCAGUGAUUGGCCCAGCUGGGGAGGAUGGAUAUUGGAGCUGCUAAACCAUACCCGGCUGCCAAGCUAGAUGACGAAUGAUCCGAUUGCUUCUAAAGCAAGUUUUCUAAAACACGCAAGUUUUAAGACGCGCGGACUUCAACUCCCACAAUUCCCCAACCAGCAUGCUUCUGGAAGUUGAAGUUGGCACAUCUUAAAACUUCCCAAGUUUGAAAAAUACGGUUCUACAAUAAUGGAUCUCUAUCGGCCAAGGCUUAUUGAUAUAUUAUGUUUGUUCUUUCUCCAUGUUAUAAUCCUUUGGGGACCCAAGAAAGCUUCAUUCAAUGUUUCAGGUGCAGAAGCCCAUUAGAAGAAGCCCUUGCUUGGUAUCGAUUCACCACAUGGGUGAUGAACAGGUCUGCAGCUAAAUGUAGAGGCCCUUGCUUUGGGCCUGCCCAAUACUGUAGAACAUGGGUCUCCAAC